CACACCAGCCCACCCGUUGGCUUUCCUCCUCCUCCUUUCCUGGUUCGGCUAUCACGGUGACACUCACUCCUACGCUUCCACACGGCCAAGCUUUCAUCUUUGUUCCCGACAGGCGGGGGAGCAACUAGAGUAUGCACAAUCCUCUCAAGGUUUCUGUUUCUCAGAUGGUUUUCUAGGUGGGAGUGAGUCAAAUUAAAUUUGUGUGCCCAAGUGUGACUCAAAAUGCUACCGACUUUCUAUUAAGAUGCAUUUGAACUGAUAAUUUUCGGAACCUGGAAGACAGGCCUACACGAUGUUAGCAGUAUGUAUUUGAAGGAAUUUGUUUGAUAUUAUUUAAAAGCGUAGAAGCAAUUAGUCUCUGGUUCUACAUGUUUGAUAAAUAGUGGGUUGAAGGUGCAACGAGUUUGAUUCAAGUGCGUUGUCAACAUGUUGUUAGCUGCUUAAAUGAACUGGGUUAGAACUUAACCAGUGGCUGUGGGUGAUAAUUGAGAGUAUCUCUCUACUCCCCUUGAAGAGAAUUAACGACCAAAGAGUUUAGUAUUUUUCUUUGGUACAUAACUCAGGACUGCCCCAGAAUGACGGUUGUGAAGCGAUAUGUGCUACGGCUGUUCAUAUCACUGAAGUACAUUACAGCAAACGUAGUGGACAGAAAUAAUGGUCGGAUUGUUGUGUCAGCAUCUACAGUUGAACAUUCAAUCAAGGGCUCACUCGAAUGUGGAAGGUCUUGCAACGCAAAGGCAGCGGCAGUUGUUGGAGAUGUGUUGGCUAGGCGACUCAAGGUGGAAGGUCUUGACGAGGGACAGGGACAAGGGAUUCAUGUCAAUGUAAAUAACGAAGUUGAGAAAAAGGGUUUUAAGAACCGCACCAAGAUUUGGGCUAUUGUCAAUGCUCUUAAGGACAAUGGAGUCAAACUCAUUCUUGACGGUAGUGAUGAAAAUACUUCUCAGCCAAUGACAGAAAGGAAGGAUUUGCGCUGAUUGUAUAGAAUCCGCAAAUACAGGAGUAUGUAUCCUUGUUUUGUACAGUGAACCGCUUUCUUCUUUUGAACUCUUCUACUACUUAUGUUUCCCCUAUCGAAGUGGUUAGAGCGGUGUAGAGGUAUGCUAGGAAAUUCCUAGUUGCCUCCACCAAAGUUAUCUCAUGCCAGACCUGAGUAUCCCUCGCCGUACAAAUCAAGUUGAGGUUCUAAGUCAGUCGAUGUCUCUGGUGAGAAUCCGAUGUUGGCCGAGAGAGUGUGCUCUGAUCGGAACCACGAGUCCCCUUCUCUCCCUGUUCAACUUCAAUUCCGAGAGAGUCUCUCUUCAUUCUCCACGGCAGCCCGGAGUGGCCAUGUUCGAGAUAAAAGUUCGUGGGUCGCCCUGCCAUCUGGUAUAGUGAAAAUUAACUUUGAUUGUAGCUGAAUGUCGACGUCUAGCAAGGCUGGCAUUGGUGCAAUUGCCAGAGACACCCAUGAAAUUGUGAUCGCAGGCAGAACUUCAUGUUGUCGUGUCUCCUCCCCGCUUAGAGCUGAAGCUCGAGCAGCGGUUAUGGCUGUCUCCCUUGCUAUUGAAAAUCAGUCUUUUGAUAUUAUUUGCGAGUCUGACUCCCAAGUUCUCAUCAUUUAAUCCGUGAUCCUCCCAAAGGACCCAAUUGGCGCCUCUCCUCAUCGAGUCUCCAUUCCAUUUUAUGGAACUGGGUCCCGAGAGAAGUGACGGAGAACCGAGUUGGUGUUAUUUUAGAUGCGGAAGAGUUGAAAGAAGGAAGUGACAUUUAAUUAAGAAAAGUGAUUGGAGAAAUAAUAAUUCAGUUGUUAAAA